AUGGAUGACAAAAUAUGUAGGACGUUCUUUGCUUUAAGGAAUUCGUUUUCCAAUAAUUUGGAAGUAAACGGAGACUAUCAAUUUAUUAUGAAUCAAUCAACUUUAAAUGGGUAUUGUACUAAUAACAAAUGUAGUAGUAACCUCGAAAAAAUUAAUGCUGGAUGUUUAUUUUUGUUUGAUGCAUUUUUUAAGGAUUCUUCUGUGUUUAGUUCUGUUGCAAAAAAUAACAUAAAUAUUGUUGAAUACAUUAUCAUGUGGUUAAGUUAUAUGUUAAACCUAAAGGAACAAGCAGGAAAUAUGAACAAUAUACAAUAUUUUUAUACUACAUAUAUAAAUAAUGAUAAAUACAAAAAUACUAUAACCGAUGUUACAGAGUAUAAAAAUUAUAAGGAUCUUAUAGAUAAAAAAAAAGAUUUAAUAAAUAUGAAUAUUAAAGAUAUAUCUAAAUUUUAUGAUGCAUUUAAUACAUUAUGUAUGAUUUAUAUUGAAUUUGAUGAAAAAAGUCCAAAUUGCAAUAAAUAUUCGGGAAAAGCUAAAGAAUUUGUUGAAAAAUAUAAAAAACUUAAGGAAGAUUCUAAUAUUACUGGAAAUAGCUCAUAUAAUAAAUUAUUGUCUACACUAUCAAAUGAUUAUGAUAAUUUUAAAAAGAAAUGUAGUAGUGUUAAUUGUAAAGAUUUUCCACUCCUUCAAGAGAUAAAAACAACACAACCUCAUGUACAAAGUUCUAAACAAAUUCCUGAACAAACUGUAGAAACUUCUGAACAAAUCCCUGAGCAAACUGUACAAACUAUACAAAAAUUAGAACAGAUUUCUGAAGUUGCAUCAUCAAGUUCAUCGAUAGGAAACAAAUUAUUUACAGUUUUAUCGAUAUUUGGUGCAAUAGCAUUUUUUUCAGGAAUUGGAUAUAAGUAUUCAUUAUUUAAGUCUCGAAAACGAUCUCGAAAACAUCAUUUAAGAGAAAAGCUAAAAAAUAAAGAAGAAACUGGAUAA